AUGGCUUUACCGCACUGUAAUGUCACAUACACCAGCUGCGGCUACAGGAACGGCAAUUGCAGUGAGCACGCUGUUUGUAACGACACGAGCAUCUUUCUUUCUUUUUCUUUUCAGGUUUCUAAGCUUGCUGUGGAGUGCACAUGUCGCCAAGGUUUCCAUGGUAAUGGCACAUGGUGUCAAGAAAAUUUUGACCCCUGUGCUUCGAAGAAUGGUGGCUGUGACCUUCAGAGAGCAACGUGCACCUAUAUUGUACCUAAGGUCACAGAUAUGAUCCAAGAGAGUGCCGGCUGUCAGUGCAAACAAGGUUAUGCCGGAGAUGGGAGAGUCUGUUCUACUGACCUCAUUGAUGCCAUGGCCAGGAUCUGGGAACUGAGAUAUCUUUACUCGUGGCUUCAGGCAAAUGAUAUGUUGAACACCACUAACGCAACACAACUAAUGGGUGAUGGUAAGGCAAGAAGCACAGCUUUCCUUCCAGUCAGCACCGAGUGGCAAAGCCUAGACUUGUCUCAACUGGUGGUUGAUGGUGUUGUGUUCAGACUGCCCAGUUACCAAGAUACCAAAGAUGAUGCCAGCCAAGAUGAUAAAGGGAAUGCUACCGACAGCAACAUCUUGGGUCAUCUAGUGUCUCUGAGCGGACAGUUGAUCAAAAUCACACAGAAUGACAGGAAAGAGUUCUUUGCCAACGACGUGAAAAUAGUCCAAGGAAAUAUAGAAUCCUUCAAUGGCGUGCUCCAUCUGACAGAGUCACCUAUAGCAAAAUAUUUGUGCAUCGUUGUCUCCACUCCAUACUGCAAUCAUAGGGUCAAAGUUCCCUCUGAAUACACCGAUCAGAGGAUCAAUUCAACUGUAGUAAUCGUGUGUGUGGUUGUAGCAGUCGUUGUUGUGGUUAUCGCCUUGGUUGGUGCCGGUGUCUACAUUAAGAAGCACCAUGAGGGUAUCCUAAAGAUCUUCCAGCGCUCUGAUUCGAAUUCAGAAAGCAACAUCUCAUUUGCUCGACUUAGUGCCAAUGAAGAAGAAGAUGACGCCUUCAAGGCUCCCGAAAACGCCAGAUAUGACAACCCAAUAUUUAAUGACCCGGAUGUUAUGUAG